GCGGUGAUCACCCACUGUCAUUGUUAUACUCCAGCCCACAUGUUAUUAACCAAACACCAUCCCCAUUUUUCAUUUUCCCCUCAACCUCUCUCUUAACCCCCUUUCUUAUUCUUACCUAUUUUCCUCGCCACUCGUUUUUUUCCCUUCUUAAUCCCUCUUCUCCACUCACACACCAACUAGUAACACUUAUUACACCACACCAAUUCUCAUUUUCCAUUCCGAUUAUUCCAAUACGCACCUUUCUUUCCCAUGGGCUGAACCUGAACCUGAACAAUAUAAAUUCAGUUUCGAGCAGACAAAUUCAAUGGAGUGGGAUAGCAAUUCCGAUCUUAGCGGUGAUGAAGACGACGCCGUUUCGUCCUCGUCGUUCCUUCUGAACGACGACGUUGGACCACUUCCUUUUCCGGUUCUUCAAACGGCGCCGUGUGGGUUCGUUGUCACCGACGCGAUCGAUCCGGACCAUCCUAUUAUAUACGUCAACGCCGUUUUUGAGAUGCUUACCGGUUAUCGUGCUGAAGAAGUUCUCGGUCGUAACUGCCGUUUCUUGCAGUGUCGAGGUCCAUUUGCUAAGAGAAGGCAUCCAUUGGUGGACUCAUCAGUAAUUUCAGAAAUUAGAAAAUGCAUUGACGAAGGGGUUGAAUUUCAAGGUGAGUUGCUGAACUUCAGGAAAGAUGGAUCUCCACUUAUGAACAGACUGCGGCUGACACCUAUAUAUGGAGAAGAUGAUGAAAUAACUCAUGUCAUUGGAAUUCAGUUAUUCACCGAGGCAAACAUUGAUCUUGGUCCUGUUCUCGGUUCUACAAUUAAGGACUCUGUUAAAUCAUCUGGUCGGUUUCGUUCUGUACUUUCCUCACUGCAACCUCUUCCAGUGGGGGACCGGAAUGUGACCCGUGGAAUUUGUGGGCUAUUUCAAUUAAGUGAUGAGGUAUUGUCUCUCAAGAUACUUGCUCGCUUAACUCCAAGAGAUAUUGCAUCAGUUAGUUCUGUUUGUACGCGAUUGUAUGAAGUAACAAGAAAUGAAGACCUUUGGAGGAUGGUAUGCCAAAAUGCAUGGGGUAGUGAAACUACCCGUGUUUUGGAGACUGUUCCUGGUGCAAGGAGGCUUGGAUGGGGUCGACUAGCCAGGGAACUGACCACUCUUGAAGCAGCAGCAUGGAGGAAACUGACCGUUGGAGGUGGUGUUGAACCAUCACGCUGUAACUUUAGUGCUUGUGCAGUUGGGAAUAGAGUUGUCCUAUUUGGUGGUGAAGGGGUUAAUAUGCAACCCAUGAAUGACACCUUUGUAUUGGAUCUCAAUUCUAAUAAUCCCGAAUGGCAACAUGUCCAGGUUAGCUCUCCUCCCCCUGGUCGGUGGGGCCAUACACUUUCUUGUGUGAAUGGUUCUCGUUUAGUUGUAUUUGGAGGCUGUGGAACACAGGGUUUGCUCAAUGAUGUGUUUGUUCUGGACUUGGAUGCAACCCCUCCAACUUGGCGUGAAAUUUCUGGAUUGGCACCUCCACUUCCAAGAUCAUGGCAUAGCUCUUGUACUCUUGAUGGUACUAAGUUGAUAGUUUCUGGUGGCUGUGCUGAUUCUGGAGUACUUUUGAGUGAUACUUUUCUCCUUGAUAUGUCGAUGGAAAACCCUAUCUGGAGGGAGAUACCAGUGACAUGGACACCACCUUCCCGUCUGGGCCACACACUAUCUGUUUAUGGUGGUAGGAAAAUUCUAAUGUUUGGGGGUCUGGCCAAGAGUGGUCCCCUGCGUUUCCGGUCAAGUGAUGUGUUCACUAUGGAUUUAAGUGAGGAGGAACCAUGCUGGAGAUGUGUCACGGGGAGUGGAAUGCCUGGUGCUGGCAAUCCUGGAGGCAUAGCUCCUCCUCCUAGACUUGAUCACGUGGCUGUUAGCCUUCCAGGUGGUAGAAUUUUGAUUUUUGGGGGUUCUGUUGCAGGCCUUCAUUCUGCCUCCCAGCUUUACAUACUUGAUCCAACCGAUGAGAAGCCUACAUGGAGAAUCUUAAAUGUACCCGGACGCCCUCCAAGGUUUGCAUGGGGCCAUAGUACAUGUGUUGUUGGGGGGACAAGAGCUAUUGUUCUGGGUGGUCAAACCGGGGAUGAAUGGAUGCUAAGUGAACUGCAUGAACUUUCCCUGGCAAAUUCUGUCAUCUAGAUCCAGUGGAUAAAUUACAUACUGUAAUGACGGGAACAGAAUGGGCGACGAAGGUAUGUGUUGGUCACUGACUGUCUUGACAAACAUUGCUCUGGUCAGAACAUUUGUGUAUUAAGUUGUUUCGACAGUGGAUUUUAUGGUAUGAUUGGUUCUGGCUGGAGAAGAACUUUUUCAAUGAGUGACACAAUACCAUGUUUGGUGUUUUUUGAGGUUGUGUGAAACUUUGCCCUUCUGUAUGCACGAUGAUUGUUCUUCAUGAAUAGAUUAAUAGUGUCUGAUAACAAGUAGGGAAUACAUUAGGAGGAUAGUUAUCCUCACGUGUGUCUUUUUCUAAUUGUGUAAUUUGAACCAUGACAAAGGACAGAAAAAACGCAUGUUCGUACAUAGUAAAUGUAUCAGGUCUGUUGUAUUUGUAUGUAUGGAAGUCUCUACUUCUAUUUUGUGCUUUUGAACACGAGUCAGCUGACAUGGUCAUAAAUUGGGUGUACUCUUUUGCCCUGUUACAAACAGGUGUACAAGGUAGAGGACGGUGCGGUUUGUACAUAUUUCCCUUAAAUAAUGUAAUACAUGACAUGGAGUAUGUCAAAAUCUGCAUUGUUCAUUA